CCUGAUAUUAGCUUAUCUAUUAUCUAAUGCAAGAAUAAAAGGAAUCGUCUUCGAAUAUAAGUGACAAGUUUCUUAUCAAAAUUUCCCCAGUGAGCAGCAUGUGGCAGAUAGUAGUUCCCGUACUCGUGUUCGGAGUGAUCAACGCUGUGCAGGUGGACUUCCGUCCAUACGACCACUCAGCCGAACUCCUCUUUAAUGGAUCCGACUUUAAUCAUGAUGGCAUCUUUUCCCGCGAUGAAUUAGAGCAGGAAUUCAAAAAAUACGACGCUGACGGUGAUGGCCGUGUUUCCCGCCACGAGUACACCACCUACGUGACAACAACAACCCCCGAACUCCACGACUUUGCGCAUGCUCUGUACGAUGAUUAUGAUGUAACUGGCGACCACCAUCUUGAUCAUGUGGAUUACGACCAAUAUUACGCCAAGCUUGACGCAGAUGUUGAUGGUUCAGUGACAAGAGCUGAAUUCGUAGAUUACUGGGUUAAAUUGUUCCAAGCCACAGAACACCUUCACGGCCACGGACACCACGGAUAAAAAAUGAACUAAUUCAAUUGAAAUAAAUCAUUCUUUAUAACUUGA